UCUCGUCUCCCCUCAUCAAGGUAAGCUCCCACACGCAUAGCCGCCGUCGCCACGGACAGAGCGAGCGCGAGAUCUGCUCCGGCGUUAUCCCCGCCGUCUCCAGCCUUCCGAAGCCGCGAGAAGCAGCGCCUCGUCCGCCCCCGUCGACCCCCGCAAGCUGUACGACCGGAGGAGCCGGGAACGACUACGUCCGCGUCCUCCUCUACUUCCCGAACGUCGCUGGCUUCUUCCUCUACUUCCUGGACGUCGCAGGCUUCUUCCUCUACUUCCCGGUCGCCGGCUUCUUCCUCUACCUUGAUCCGCUCCGGCCAGCCAACGUCCUCUUCAAGACUUCAACCUUGUGCGCGCGCCCAGCCAUGAUGUUCGAAGAGGCGGUCUGCAAGCUCGCUGCCGACAUAGCGGCGAUCUCGCCGGCAGUGGUGAAGAAGGCCGUGGACGCACUGGCGCGCAGCAGCCGUGCCUGCGCCGCUGCGGAUGCCUUCAUCCACCUGUUCCUGGGCACGUUGUACGUGAUCGUCGCGGCAAUUUUCUUCGACACGGUCGCGGUCCGGGUCUGCGGCGGCGACUACGCCGCGAGAUCCGUCCUGUCCGAGAUCACGGGAUGCAUCUUUACAGCCUCCCUGCUUCUUUCAGCGCCGGCGUUCCUGCUCUUCUUCCUGCGCGCAGCAGGGAGCAGCAGCGAGCUGGCGGAGGGCCUCCUCAUGAAGGAUUUCGAUGAGCGGCUUUCUUGUGCCCCUGAAAGCCCUCCGUCUCCGCUAGGCAGGGCAGCUGCACAGCUUUUUGCUUGGUCAUUUUGGUUGGGAUUCAUCUCGUGGACUCUUCAGCUGUGUGGACUAUUUCCAGAGAUUUCUGACCUUCUUGACGACGCGUCUAAUCUGGGCAUCUGGUCAUGUUUCGCUCUCAUCUAUUUGCGUGCUGGAAUGGCGCUGCGGAGGAUGAAUCCCAGGCCCAGCGACAUCAUCGCGGCAUAGGCAGAUCACGCGGCUUCACCUACUCAGGAUUUCGAGCUGGGAGCAGCAAGGUGAUGGGGAUCAGCGCCAGUGCAGGGAGUGCUGCUGCUUCGUAGCUAUUCUAGCGGAUGCUGCUGUGGAUAAAGAGAUGGGCUGAGUAGUAAUCCAUCUGGUAGACGAAGUGGUAGUAUAACUUAGUAAGCUUGUUUCCAUGCUAUGCUAGGUAGAGCUUAAGCAGUUAGUAUGGGAGUAGUUUGGUUACUCUGAACAGGGCUUAUCCAACAAGGUUAUUUACCUUUGCACAACCUAAGAACAGCCAGUAAUUAAGCUUGUUUCAAUGCAUGUCAUGACAUGAAUUAGUACGCUGUGAUGAAGGCCUUCCUUCCAUUCUAUGUAAUCAUAGCGUUUUAUAUAUUUAACUUGCUGGGUUCAUUGCUA